AGGUAAUGCUGCAGCUGGCCAUUGACUGAGCUUCGUAGGACGUUUCUUUGGUCGGAUAUUCACAUGGUGCAUCGAGGGAUACAAUCAUACAGACAGUGAAGAACAUUCUUCAAGGAAAUGAUGUGCAAGUGAAUGACUGGCACAGCAUCAUCCAAAGCGAAAAUGUUCCCGGCAGUCCGUCAGGCCGUUGUGGCUUCCUCCAAGCCAUUCACAUCUUCUCGACAGCAACUCCUCAAGGCUACUACGCCUGUUGCGGCGUCACGAUGCUUUUCCACCAUUCCUCCCGCCCAGAAAGAUAUUAUCCUCUUGCAGGAUAAGGAGAAUGGCUUUGGAUUCGCCAGGUCAAACCCACGACCUCCUAAGCCUAGGACCAAGGGCGUGACGGAGAUCAGGGGACCGUACUAUACUGUCAUGGGGAAGAGAUAUCUAGCGGACGUUCUGGAGACUAUGGGAACGCAUGUCGAUGGUCUCAAAUUCGCCGGAGGAUCCUUCUCCUUGUUCCCCGAGAAGCCACUGCGCGAAUUGAUCGAUCUGGCUCACUCACACGAUGUCUAUGUCUCGACUGGCGGCUGGGCCGAGCAUCUUCUCACACACCCAGACCCCAAUACCGUCUUUGAUAAAUACCUCUCAAAGUGCAAGGAUCUAGGAUUUGACGUCAUCGAGCUGUCUUCCGGCUUCCUCUCAUUCCCUGCAGACGACUGGCUCCGUCUCGUCGACAAAGUCCACUCUUACGGCCUCAAGGCCAAGCCAGAGCUCGGUAUCCAGUUUGGAGCUGGUGGUGACACUCCUGCCGCUGACCUCGAAGCCAUUGGCACCUCAGACCCCGGCAAGCUGGUCAACCUGGGCAAGAAGUUCCUCGACGCUGGUGUCGAACGUCUCAUGAUCGAGUCUGAGGGUAUCACUGAGAAUGUCAAGUCGUGGCGCACCGACGUCGUCUCGACCAUCAUGAAGGAGUUGCCUCCCGAGAGGGUCAUGUUUGAGGCGGCGGAUCCGAAGGUCUACACCUGGUACCUUCGCGAAUUUGGUGUCGACGUCAACGUCUUUGUCGACCAUUCGCAGAUCGUCCAGCUGAGCUGCCUCAGACACGGUAUCUGGGGCACAGCGGAUACGUUUGGAAAGCUGGUCACUUUCCGUCCAGAGUAGAUGCUACAUCCCAUACCAUCUACCCUAAUUCUCGUCCUCAGCUGUCGUAUCGGUACAUCUAGCAGCCUUAGGAACGGACACCUCAUAUCGUAAUAACAUAUUUGAAUAACAAUGACCCUCUUUUUACUGGCACUUCCCCGUAUUAAUA